AAAAGAACUCACAUUGGAAUUGACGGGCAUCAUGACUUGAAAUUGAAAUUGUCACACUUUAUGUGAAUAUGUAUUCCUUUGUAUUGCAAUAAGUGGAAUAUUUUAUACGCUAUUGGAACUCACACGUUUACUUUUAGACCUGUGACGUUCAUAAUAAUAAAUACGAUUCUUGUUGUAAUGAAGCCCCGCAAGUUAAAUGAGAGUGAUUCGAAUUAUGCAUCUAUGAUAUCGCUGCAUUUCACUGGAGAAAUGCGACCCGAAUCCAUAGACUUCAAUAAUCCGGAGAGAUCAACAAUACCAACGCGACGAUCGCGUACGAGACAAACGCAACAGGCGAUCACAUAUGGAAAGCGAAAGACAACCAGAGGAACUACCCACUUGGUGAGUCAGCAGCGAAAGAAGAGCAUGAAGGCUACCCAAGCACCGCAGACCAAUCAAGUGGAAAUGAUAAGGGAUCUCGCGGUGGGCACCAGCCACCAAUGCGAUGGCCAACACGAUGGUCGCAUUUUCAUCAAGACAAACCUACGGUUCGAUGUGGAUGCACUAUUCGAGCUGCUAUUCUCGCCCGCUGGCUCCACAUUUCUACGAAAAUUCCAUGCGGGUCGCAGUUCGACAGAUCUGUGUUUUGGUAAAUGGAAUUGCAAUGUGGCCGGGCAACAGGAGCGACAGGUCAGCAUGAUUGUUGCCCUCCAAGCGAAUGUGGGACCCAAAAGUGCCCGGAUCGUUGAGCGUCAAACGAUCCGACAGUGCAGUGCCAAAGGUGAAAUCUAUUCGAUAGAUGUGGAGAGCCUCAAUCAGGGUAUACCCUAUGCCGAUGUCUUUACCAUACUGAUGCACUAUUGCCUGAAGCGUUCGCCGGGGAAUACCACAGAUAUUCUCGUUGUUGGCGAUAUCAAUUUUGUCAAAUCGACAUGGGCAAUCGUUAAGACAUUCAUAUUGAAGCAUUCAUUGGAGGGCAUGGCCGAAUAUUUCUAUUCUCUGCACCAACAAUUGCUGAAGGAGGCGGAGACGAUGAAUCGACGAUAGAAAUUGACAGAGACAGGACAGAGAUUCAUCACACACAAUAUUAUAUAUAUAUAUAUAUAUUAGUUUCACAGUUUUAGAGAGAGAGUAGAGCAG